AUGGAAAAUAGAUUGAGUUUUAAAAAAGAAGUUAGAAUAUUAAUGUUAGGGUUAGAUGGUGCAGGAAAAACAACUAUAUUACAUAAGAUUUCUUCUCCAGAUGAUGUAAUAGAAACAACACCAACUAUUGGUUUUAAUGUAGAAAAAAUUGAAUAUAAAAAUAUUAUUUUACAUGUAUGAGAUUUAGGUGGAUAGACUGCUAUUAGAUCUUAUUGAAAAUUUUAUUAUCCUAAUACAGUUGCUAUUAUAUUUGUUAUAGAUAGUCAAGAUAGAGAAAGAUUUAGUAUAGCAAAAGAAGAAUUAUUAAAACUUUUAGAUGAUAAAAAUUUAGAAAAUGUAUGUAUAUUAAUAUUUGCAAAUAAACAAGAUUUAGAAAAUGUAGCUGAUAGUUCAGAAAUUUCAAAAUCAUUAAAUUUAACAUAGAUAACAAAACAUCAAUGACACGUGUAUCAUUGUAGCGCAGUGAAUAAUAAUGGAAUAUCUGAUGGAUUAGAUUGA